AUGUCCUUCCCUGUUGGUUUGGCAGAAGAGAAACCCUCUGUAUUCACUACCGAGACUCUUGCCAACGACCUCGAAAAGAGUGGUGCAACCCAAGAUGACAAGCCAAUCAACCACGUCAAGGUUGACGAAAAGAUUUCAUGGUGGACCAGCCUUCGACAAAACCCCAAAGCAUUUGGCUGGUGUUGCUACAUGUUGUUCACAUGUAUCAUGUGGGGCUACGACGGUCUCGCCUCUGCGAUAGUCCUUUCCAUACCCAAGUUUCGCGAGGACUAUGGACGACUUUGGCACGGCCAGUAUGUUGUCUCAGCAAAUUGGCAGCUUGCCUUCACCGCCGCGUCAAUGAUAGGCCUCAUGCUUGGUGGUAUCUGCAGCGGCCUGAGCAUGAAGCAUGUCGGGCAGAGGUGGGCCAUGGCAGUCGGUUAUGUAUUCACCACAGCUGGAGUCUUCCUGCAAUGGUACUCUCCGGGACAUCUCGCCAUGCUCUUUGGAGGCAAACUCUUGACAGGAAUACCCCUAGGAGUGUUUCUUACCACCGCUCCAGUCUACUGUUCUGAAGUCGCACCUCCAUCCCUGCGCGGCGCCAUGAUCGCUGCUGUGAAUUGGAGCAUUGUCAUCGGCCAGCUUUUGAGCUACGGAGUCAUGCGUCAGACACAGAGCAGGGACGACUCAAUGUCUUACCGCAUCAUGUUCGCUGUGCAGUGGGGCUUUGCGGGCGUCGGCGCCGCUCUCUUGCCAUUCUGUCCGGAGUCGCCUAUGCGUCUACUGGCUCGACACAAGCUAGAAGAUGCGAAAACCAGUAUCGCAAGGCUUUAUAACUCGGAUGUGGUCGACAGUAAGGUAGCAGAGAUUCAAGCCCUCCUCGCCCACGAGGCAGGGCUGGCGGCUAAUGCGGGCACGUGGUUGGACUGCUUCAAGGGGACAAACCGCCUCCGAACCCUCAUCGCCUGCUCAGUCUUCUUUCUGCAGGCCAAUUCCGGUGUCUCUUGGGUGGUUGGUUAUAUGGGCUACUUUAUGCAGCUGGGUGGCAUGAAGCCUAAAACCAGCUUCGAUCUCAAUGUAGGUGUGACUGGACUCAUGGCUGUCGGCUGCAUGUGCGGCUGGGUUUUUGUCGAGAAAAUCGGCCGAAGACUCACUAUUCUCAUCGGCCUGAUCGCAUGCACGGUUUGUCUCCUCGUCAUUGGUAUAUUGACUCAAUUCAUCGACCAUGGAUCGACCAUUGUCUACACUCAAGUCGGCUUCAUGGCGGUUUGGGGCUUCAUGUAUCAAGCGUCCAUUGGCGGCGUAGGAUACACUCUCAUCUCUGAGGUUCCAGCUUCGAGUGUUAGAUCGCAAACACAGGGCCUGGCGACGGCAACUAAUGGACUUUUCAGCUCUGUUUGGUCUUUCGCCCUUCCAUACAUGAUCAAUCCCGAUGAAGCAAAUAUGGGCGGUAACGUGGCAUUUUUGUUUUUCGGAUGUUUAGUCGUCGGAGACAUCUUUGUCUAUUUCGCCUACCCUGAGACGAAGGGACGUUCAUUUGAAGAGAUUGACGAGCUUUUCAACCGUGGAGUUCGUCCACGGGAUUUCGCCAAAACAAAGUUGAACUAG